CAUGUCAUAUGAAUCAAUAGUAUGAGGCUACUACUACUUUUUUCGAUCUCCCAAAACCUGCAUUCUGACUUCCAACGUUCCUCUUCUUUUUCUGGUCGUCGCGUGUGUGACCAAAACUGCAGAGGAGUCAAUUCCCCUUCGGAGGCGAAAGGAAUCUGAACUGGGGUCGAAACUGUUACUGCAACGAAACAAAGCAUGCGAUUCAAAAGACUACAAAUCCAUCGACCACUCCGUCAAAACGGACGGGUCGUUGCGGGGAGMUUCAGGCGUUGGGUGUCCCUAUUGAAGGUCUUUCUGUCUCUGAUUGUCGCUGCGUACUUGUUCGGUCUUUAUUCGAUCUACAACCGCUAUGGAGAACGGACAGGGACAACGAGUGAUCCGGGCGGGAGCGCUUUCGCCGGUGGCCAGCGGCAACAACAACAACAAAAAGAACAACACCAACGGCCACCGCACACCGACGAGGACGAGGACGAUGUGGCGGACGACGGGAAGAUCACGAUUGGCGUUGCGUCGACGGUGACGGGAUGCGGGUCCGAACCCUUCGUCGACGGUGCCGCCGUCCUGAAAUACUCCCUCGACGUCCAAAGCAGGGGCGCCGGCUCUCGGUUCCGGUACAAGAACUACGUCAUGUACCACCCGGACGCCAGGGAGUGCGUCCUGCCGCUGGAGGGCCUGGGAUACACCCUCCUGGAACGACCGACGCCCAUCAAGGUGGAGGAAAUCGGCGGAGACGGCACCCUCCGGGAACGCAUCGUGAACAACGGCUGCUGCGGAGAGGUAAGAGAGAGACGCCUCGUGGUGGCGAAGCACCGUCUUCGCCCGCGACGUGCUGUGACGCGACACGUCACGACACGACACGACGCAGCUCCCUUGGCUCAACCAUUGUCGUCUUACGCUUCGUGUUGUGUUGUGUUGUCUCUCUUUCUGUCACGAUGUAAAACACAGAAAGAAUUGAUCAAACUGGAGGCCUUCCGCCUGGUUCAGCAUCCCCUCGUCAUACAUCUGGACCUGGACGUACUCGUCAACAAACCCAUGGACGACGUCUUGGACCUGAUGCUGAAUCCAAAAAAGUACAAGGAGUCUCCCGAAUUGCUCGCAAACGUGCCCGUGAUGUGGCCGAGCCAGGAGAUCCCCGACGAAAUUUCUUUGAUGUUUACAAAGGAUUACAACGUGGUCGCACCCAGGCGAGCCGACAAACCGUACCAGGGAGGCUUCUUUGUGAUCAAGCCGAGCAUCGAUACCUACAACGAMUUUGUCGGCAUUGUGCGGAGCGGCGACUACCACGUAAAGAGAGGGUGGGGAAAGAAAGUGGGGCCUUUUUACGGCGGCAUGACGAUACAGGGCCUGCUUCCCUACUAUUACCAGUGGCUCCACCCGGGCCGGUCCGUAGAACUCAAUCGCUGCAAGUACAACAACAUGAGCGACGAYCCCUACCWRCACAGAGACAACGGCAACCAGCGGUGCAGGACCAACGAAGAGGAGUGCGAAGACUGUCGCUUCGCAAGAAGCGACGACGUCGUGACCUUUCACUAUACGAUUUGCCAGAAACCCUGGAACUGCAACCUUUACAAAUCGAUGUUGAAGACCUUUGGCCUGUGCCGCGAGAUGAACCGAAAGUGGUACGAGCUGCGCAGCGAGCUGGAAAAAUCCUGGGGACGGAGCGGCAGGGGAACGGGAAGCUUCAAGGUGGAUCACUACAACGGACACUGCAGCAAGAAAGGGACGGGGGGCUACCAACCCAUCGAGCCUCCCUACGGGAUGCCAAUCUGAGCSACGAUUCGGUCUUUGGAUGCAAAGCGGAGCCGAGUAGAGCCGAACCGAGCCGRAUCCAUCGAUUGUCUUGGCUACGGAUAGCGGCAACGAAAACAGAGGCGCGCCUCGAGGAACGCCCCCUCGGCAGACGAGACGAAAACAACAACAACAACAACAACAACGACAAUUGCACUGCAUACAGCACAGUCCUUCGCGGUGCUGUGCGUUCCCAAGGGUGUCUUUUAUGCAUGCAUUGUCUUGGCGCUCAAAGCCUAACUAUAUUUCAGCGUCGGCAUCCGACCAUCUCCGUAGAAACGACAAUGCUUCUCAAGCGGACCGGCGUGCAUGUCUAUCGCUGCGAUAGUUACAGAGCUACUUGUGGAUUUCCUUUGGCAUCAUCUCGAAACCAAGAAUUGGAUGCAUUGCAACCACAGAUCGACAAGCUUUGGUUUUGAGGAAUCAUUAAAAAUGYA